CCGCCUUCCCUCCCAUCCUCAACUACCUCACUCUCUUGCUUCACAGAUUCUGCCACCCUGUUCUCCCUCUUCGCGUUUCUCUGCAUCUUAUGCAACUCUUAUCCCCGUCCUCGCGGUGUCCGAGUCAAGGGUUCAUAGCACUACAUUCUCACUGAUAAAAGACUCGAACCUUCUAAUUCACCUCUCACCUUCUCGAAUCCCCUUGUUCUUCCGCCAUCGCCUCCGCGGUGCAACCCGUCGAGUUCCAGGAAUCGCACAAGCGCCAUGAACAAACCAGAGAUCUCAAUCCCAGGCGCCGAGGAUGAACUCGUGAGAUCCAUUUUGAGCAGCCCGGUGCCCGAGUUUGGCGAUCCGGGGAGGGCCGAAAUCAUCGCCCAGAUCAGCUCAGAACUUGGCAUCGGCAUGGUCGACCCAAGUGUCCGGGCCUUGCUCUGGUUGGCUGAUGUUGAAGCUCUCCUGGCACUGCGUGAUGGGUGCAUGGGAUCCCGCGCCGCGUUCCGGCUCUUGCUUGGCCACGGCGGCAUUAUGUUCAGGGACGCGCUGACCUCAUGGGCGUGCGAUGUGUUUGAAAGGUGGGCGGAAGUUACCGAGGACCCGUUCCAUCUGUGUAGGGAACGCGACCAGCUCUGUGUGAUCACGCGAGACGUCAAAACUAGAACUGUGAAUGUGUAUCCGCAUCGUCCGGCGGGGGCGUCGAAUGCGGGGAGUCGGGCUACACUGUGGGAGGCUUUGGGGGUGUUUUGGGGGGAGCCUAGGGUAGCAGGCUGGAGACAAGCCGUGUUUGGCUGCGGGUGCGCGAAUAAGCUCGGCAACACGAUGCUUCUGCGCGAUGACGUCUCUCAGGCUUGGGCGAGUUUGCACUUCGCCUUGAGACCGGUCGAGCUGAGCCGGGAUUUCAAAUCGCUGAGCGUCCAGUUUUUUUGGCUCCCUGGUCAGCAGUGUCCUUCCGAUGUUCCGCUGCUCUCGCCCCCGGCUUUUGGUCCGGAUAACACCGGGGGCUGGGAGUUCAGAAAUCCCUGGAAUUCGAGGAGACUGCAAUCGGGUGACUUUCUUCGUCUUCUGACCCACGACCCAGAGAGAUGUCCCCUGCCUUCCUUUGAGCUACUGGAGAUUCAGUGGUACUUGCACCGUGCAGCUGCACUCAGUGGGCUGACCAUCCCCCCACGGAUCUUUCUAUCGGAUGAAAUACAAAGAAGAGAAGGAAGUGACUCGACAUGA